UUUCAAACAUCACGUUUUCCGAUUUGUCCGACUCAUCCUCUUUCUCUUUCUCUCUCUCUGUUCGAAUCGAAACCCUAGCAAAUCCGAAUUUGUCUCUGAGAUUGAAAUUGCCCCAAUUUAAUGGCGUAAAGCUUCACCAAUUUCAUCAAUUCAAUAUCAAUUUUUGAAAUUUCGAAGAAAGGAAGAGACUUUGAAGAGAGAGAGAAAAUGUCAACAGAGACGACGACGGAAGCAACGCCUUUGAUUUUAACCGACGGCGGAGGAGGAGGGAGAUCGGUGAGGAGACAAGGGUUAAGAGAAGCGGCGAGGUUAUUAAGACAUGCAAGUAGCGGAAGAAUGAUGAUGAGAGAACCAUCGAUGCUUGUUCGUGAAGCUGCGGCUGAGCAGCUUGAAGAGAGACAAAGCGAUUGGGCUUAUUCGAAACCUGUAGUGGUUUUGGAUUUCGUUUGGAAUCUUGCUUUUGUCGCCGUUGCUACAGCUGUUUUGGUACUUAGCAGCGAUGAGAAUCCGAAUAUGCCUCUUAGGGUUUGGGUUAUUGGGUAUGGGUUGCAAUGUAUGAUGCAUAUGGUUUGUGUUUGUGUUGAGUAUCGUAGGAGGAAUAGUAGAAGAAGAAGAGAUAUGAGUCCAAGAUCUAGCUCUUCUUCUAUGGAGGAAGAAGAUGGUUUGGGUUUGAGUAGAAACUCAGAUGAUCGUUACUUGGAGCUAGGUCAAUUAGAGAAUGAAAACAACAGUUUUGCUAAGCAUCUAGAAUCUGCAAAUACGAUGAUCUCAUUUAUAUGGUGGGUUAUUGGAUUCUACUGGGUAUCUUCUGGUGGCCAAGAGUUAGCGCAAGGAUCCCCUCAGCUUUAUUGGUUAUGUAUAGUAUUUCUUGGUUUCGAUGUGUUCUUUGUGGUUUUCUGCGUUGCAUUGGCUUGUGUUAUUGGCAUUGCUGUUUGCUGCUGCUUGCCUUGCAUCAUUGCAGUUCUAUACGCCGUUGCAGAACAGGAAGGAGCUUCGAAAGAAGACAUUGACCAACUUACUAAAUUCAAAUUCCGAAAGGUUGGUGAUUCUGUGAAACACACUGUUGAUGAAGAACAAGGAGAUUCAGGAGGACUGAUGACUGAAUGUGGUACAGAUUCACCAGUCGAACAUACUCUUCCUCAUGAGGAUGCAGAAUGCUGCAUCUGUCUUUCGGCUUAUGAAGAUGAGACAGAGCUUAGAGAACUUCCUUGUGGCCACCAUUUCCAUUGUGGUUGUGUGGACAAAUGGCUUUACAUAAACGCUACUUGUCCCCUCUGCAAAUACAACAUCCUCAAGAGUAGCAACUACGAAGAAGGCGAGGAAGUCUAGAACAGUAAGAAGAGAAGACUUGCAAAUAUGCGAAUAUCUGUAUCAUUAGCAGCUGAGGAACCCAGAAAAAAAAAAGGGUUCGACAUUUAAUCAAUUUGCAGACUUGUAGUUUUACAUUGCUUGUUAUAUGUUUACACAUUUUAGUUGCUUUUUGUUUGGAGUCUGUAUGUUCUGUUGUUGUUGACUCUUGUUAACAUGUUUUGGUUCUUACUUGCUCAACAAGUUAACAUCUUUUUUCUC